AUGCGUGGAAGCAUGGUUAUUGAUACUCCGACUAUGGGUUCAGUGACUACUUCAUCUAUUUGCUUUAAAUGUCUGUUGAAUAUUUGUGAUAAAGAUUUUGAAGUUGAUUUAGUGUGUCUUCCAUUGAGUCAACUUGAUGUUAUUUUGGGAAUGGAUUGGUUGAGGGCCAACCAUCUCUAUAUCAAUUGUUUUGCGAAAGCAGUUCUUUUUCUUGAGCCAGAGAAGGAAGGUGAUUUAUUCUUGUCUACUCAACAAGUGAAUGAAUCUGUGCGAGAUGGUGCUGAAGUGUUUAUGUUGUUGGCAAGUUUGAAGCUUAGUGAAAAUGGAACAAUGGGUGAAUUUCCAGUUGUUCGUGAUUUUCCUGAAGUGUUUCCUGAUGAGGUUAGCGAUUUUCCGCCUGAACGUGAAGUUGAGUUCAUGAUUGAUUUGAUUCCUGGUACUAGUCUGAUAUUGAUGGCUCCGUAUCGGAUGUCACCAUCUAAGAUGAAAGAGUUGAAGUGUCAACUAGAGGAUUUGCUUGAUAAGAGGUUUAUUCGUCCGAGUGUGUCACCAUGGGGUGCACCUGUCUUGUUAGUUAAGAAGAAAGAAGAGACUUCUUUUGGAGUGAAGCUUGGUAUGUUCAAGCUUACUAGUGGAAUUUUGGAUGAGAUUCGAGAAGGUCAGAAAUCUGAUUUGGUUUUGGUUGACGAAAUCUACUCACUUUAUUCUGAUUAG